AACAGCAACUAAAAUAUUAGAAACAAAGUAUUUUUAUUUAUUUUUUCAUUCUUUAAAACUGCGGCAAAAUAUUUUAUUUUUUUUAAUAUGAAAAACACUUUAACUCACCCACUUAAAAAAAGUAUGAUCGUUAUAAUAUGUGUAAGCAUUGAACGAUUAAUUUGAACAAUUGUGAGAGUAUAUGUUGCACAUCUUGGACAAAUUGCUAAGGUUGGCUGUGAAGAUAAAAAUCGGCCACUGCUUGCUACAAAUUGUUCAGGCAGUGGAAAUUAAGUCCAUUGAUAAGGAUUCCAUGAAAAUUCCUUGAGAUUGAGCAUAACUUGGAGGCGGUGUGUAAACUUCAAACGAAGAUUGACUAUCCAAUGGAAGAAAUGAGAAUUGAACAUUAUUUCGAUUUGGUCUUACAAAAAUUGACGAAUAAGACGGCGGAGCUUCUCUGGAGUAAGCAGGUCAUGGAGAAUUUAAUGUUAGACAUGGACAGAGAAGAAGUCAGGACAGAAUGUUGGAUAGAAAAUGGUUUUGGUCGUCUAAUGAGAGAAAUAAGUUGAAUUCGUCAGAUUCAAGAUUGCAGAGAACUAAUAAUAAUCACAAUUUAAAAAGAAAUUCGAUGAGAGAUCAAAGACUUCUUCCUUUAUUUACUGUCGUGAGGUUUGACAAUAAUCUCUGUAUGGGAAGCACUGGCGAAAAUGGAACUUGUAUUUCGCCUGCAGAAUGCGUUCAAAGAAGAGGUGUUAGCAAUGGAAUUUGCGCCAAUGGAUAUGGAGUUUGUUGCUUUGUAACUGUGGGCUGUGGACAAACAACAAUAGACAACAACACUUAUUUUGUCAACACUAAUUAUCCUGCAGCAUUCGAUGGUACUGAAUCUUGUCAAUUAACUGUUCUUAAAUCUCAUCCGGAUAUUUGCCAAUUUAGAUUGGAUUUUGAACAAUUUAUUAUUCGUGGUCCAGAGACGCUAAAUAAUCUUUGCACUUACGAUCAGUUUAUUGUCUCCGGUGGAAAUCCUGUUCCUCCAAUUUGCGGAAAUAAUAAUGGCAAUCACAUGUACGUGGACGUAGGGACCGGCCAAACAAAUCCAAUAACGCUUUCUUUCGUCACAAGUGGAACUGGAUUUGAACGUUCAUGGAAAGUGCGAAUUUCACAAAUUCCUUGCAGUACAAUUUACAAAGCCGAAGAGGGAUGUUUACAGUACUAUACUGGAGUUUCUGGACAAAUUAAAUCUUUUAAUUACGAUCCAAUUAAUGGUUUGCAAUUGUCAAAUCAAGAUUACAGUAUUUGCAUUCGUAUGGAGAGAAACUUUUGUGGAAUUCAGUACAUGACUUGUUCUGAAGGAUUGCAAGUGACAUCAGGAUUAAUACCAAAUUUACCACAAGGACUGAGAAGUAAUGCAUUUUCAUUAACGGGGAAUACAGUAAGUGGACAGCCAGUAGCAACAAUUGGACAAAAUUGUCAGACGGAUUGGUUAAUGAUACCGUGUGCAAUGAGUUCAGGAAGAAUGCCAACUACAAGCUUAACUUGUAUCGAUAGAAUUUGCGGCGGGUCUUUCAAUACCGAACCCAUAAUGAAUUCUUCAACCGUUAUCAGUACAGUGAAACCAUUUCGAUUGGUUUUCCACACCGAUGGAAUAGAAGCUCCAAAUGAUAUUGGUAACAGAGGUUUCUGUUUAAAUUAUGUUCAACAACCGUGCACAAUGAAGCUUCGUUGAAUUGUGGUAAGUGAAUUUUAAUUCCUUUUUUUCUGUUAAAAAAGAGUACGCACGUCAAAAGAGUAGAAAUUAUUGCAAUAAUAUUAAUUUUUCUAAUGAAAGUAAGCCCUGCUUCAGGCAAUUUUUUAAAUAUUCCAAUAAUUUACAAUUAAU